AUGGCCCCUGAAGCCUCUCGGCCAACCAGCCAGGUCGCUCCUUCCGCUAUUGAUCCGGCCAGACCUAUGGAUUAUCAGCUAUUGGACGAUAGAAUAAGGGCUAUCGAGGGUUUCUCAACCUUUGGUAUAGAUGCUCGAGACCUUUGCUUGGUUCCAAACGUGGUGCUUCCACAAAAAUUCAAGGUGUCAGACCUCCCGAAAUACAAAGGUUUAAGUUGUCCUCGUAGUCAUAUCACCAUGUACUACAGGAAGAUGGUGUUGUAUAUCGACAAUGUUGACCUGCUGAUCCAUUGCUUCCAGGAAAGUCUGUCCGGAGCUUCUCUGGAUUGGUCCAUGGGGUUGGAACGUACUAAGAUUCGGUCAUGGAGGGACUUAUCCAAGGCAUUUCUGAAACAAUAUAAGUACAACCUUGACAUGGCUCCGACGAGGCUCCAAUUACAGAAUCAAGCACAGAGAUCCAAUGAAACCUUUAAAGAGUAUGCUCAACAUUGGCGCGAGAUGGCGUCCAGGGUCCGACCAACACUGUCUGAUAAUGAACUUGUGGAUAUCUUCAUGGGUACGCUCCAAGGGUUGUAUUAUGAGAAGAUGAUUGGGAGUUCGUCUACAAACUUUGAAGAUAUGGUAACUAUCGGUGAGCGUGUAGAGAAUGGGUUGAAAUCAGGGAAGAUCACAGAUACAACUGCUCCACAAACAACGAACAAGAGGUCGCGUGGGGGCUUCAUAAAGAAGAAGGAGGGGGGAGAAAAUGUUGUGACGACAAGUGCCUGCCCCCAAUAUUAG